AACAUCCGGUUUGCUUCCUUCUUUCAACAUUGGCGUUUUGCCGCUCAGAAGCAAUGAAGCUUGUCACCUGGAAUAUAAACGGCAUUAGGACGUUUAAAGGUGGGAUAAAAAAUGCCCUUGAUAGCCUGGAUGCAGACAUAAUUUGUGUUCAGGAGACAAAAGUCACAAGAGACCUGCUGGAUGAAAGGACGGCUAUUGUUGACGGUUACAACUCUUAUUUCAGCUACAGUAGAGGACGCAGCGGUUAUUCAGGGGUUGCAACUUACUGUCGGGACGAUGCCACUCCUUCCGCUGCUGAAGAGGGGCUCACAGGUCUGCUUACCAACCAUGAGGGAGCUGCUGGAUGCUAUGGUGACCACACUGACUUUUCAAGUGAGGAGCUGCAGCUUUUGGACAAUGAGGGGCGAGCAGUCAUCACACAGCACAAGAUAAUGUGUCAGGACAAAGAGCAGACUGUCACUGUGAUAAAUGUCUACUGCCCGCGGGCUGACCCAGACAAGCCGGAGCGAAAGCAGUUCAAGCUGAGGUUCUACGAGGUGCUUCAACGUCGGGCCGAAGCUCUGUUACAAGGAGGGAGCCAUGUAAUUGUUUUAGGAGAUGUGAAUACUUCUCAUCGGCCAAUAGACCACUGUGACCCAUGUGAUGAUGAUGAUUUUGCUGAAUAUCCUGGGAGGAAAUGGCUUAAUGGCUUUCUGUACAGUAGCAGUGAAGAAGAGGAUCCCGAUGAGGAGGAGUGUGAUAAAGAGUCGGAGAUGAGAGACUGUACCCAAACAGGGAAAUUUAUUGAUAUCUUUCGGUACUUUCACCCAACUCGUACAAACGCCUUCACGUGUUGGUCCACGCUCACUGGAGCCCGACAGACUAACUACGGCACACGUAUCGAUUAUAUAUUUGCUGACCGGUGCUUGGCCCAGGAGCAGUUUGUAGGCGCAGACAUCAUGCCUGAGGUAGAGGGAUCCGAUCACUGUCCUGUUUGGGCAAAACUGAAAUGUUUGCUUCUUCCCAGCUCCAAACCUCCUCCCCUCUGCACGCGCUAUCUGCCGGAGUUCAUUGGAAAACAGCAGAAACUGUCUCGCUUUCUGAUUAAGGUGGACCAAAAGUCCUCCCAGUCUGAGCCAAAGCAAACCUUACCUGGAUCUCAGGAAGAGGAGGAAAGACGGGAGAACAUGAAUCCAUCUCCUGUCCCAUACAUCUCUGGUAAAAAACGGCCUGCAGCACCAGAAUCUGCUGCCCCAAAGGGGAAGAAGUCUAAGACAACAAAUAACUCUUUAAAGCCACAGGGUAACCUCCUUUCUUUCUUUAAACCCAAACUCACAGCUGUUAAACAGUGUGAGAGCACACCUGCUCUGGAUGGAUUCACCUCAUCACACAGAGACCCAAAGGCAUCCACCACCAGUGAGCUGUGUCCCGACACAGGCAGCCCAACGGAAGACACUGAGCUUGUUGUUAAGGCUCCAUCCCAGCUGUGCAUCAGCAGCACCACAGGAGAACCAGACAAAACGGUGAAGACCAAACAGCCGGCCUCUCAGCUCGCCGUGGGGCAAUCAGAUGUCAAGAAGGGGGCAUCAUCUGUGUUUUGGAAGUCUGUGCUUCACGGUCCUCCCCCGGCCCCCUGCUGCAAGGUGCACAGGGAACCCUGUGUGCUUCGCACUGUGAAGAAAGAGGGCCCGAAUAUGGGCAAACAGUUUUUUGUGUGUGGACGGCCUCAGGGACAUGUUUCCAACCCAGAGGCUCGAUGUAAUUUCUUUAUGUGGGUAGAGAAAGGAAAGUGAUGUGUCCUCUAAAGUUCAACGGAUAAAACUCCAUCACAAAGCUACGUCUAAACAUUUCACUGUUUUUAUAAAAUUUUGUUCUUUUUUUCUGUCUAAAAAAAAAAUAAAAUAAUUUUAUAUUUA